AUGGGAUUCUUCAUCCGAGAUCUUCACAAUAGUAUCUCUAAGCUCCAUGCUCAACAAUUCUCUGAAAAUUCGUUUUCAAAUCCGUUGAUUGUCUAUCGUGGUCAAGGAAUGUUACAAACAGAUUUUAAUCAAAUAUUAAAGGCACAAGGUGGUCUAUUAUCAUUUAAUAACUUUUUGUCGACUAGUCUUGAUCGACAAAUAUCUCUUUUAUUUGCUGAGUCUAAUCAGAGCAAUCCCGAUCUAAUUGGGGUACUCUUUGUGAUAACUGUUAAUCCAUCAGUAUCGUCUAUUCCUUUCGCGAAAAUAUCUGACGCCAAUCAUUUCGAAGAAGGGGAAGAAAUUCUCUUCUCCACUCAUUCUAAGUUUCGUAUUGAACUUAUACAACAAAUCGAUGAAAAUAAUCGUAUCUGGCAAGUCAAUUUAGUGUUGACCGAUGAUAGCGAUCCAGAAAUUCGUGCACUUACUGAAUAUAUGCGCGAAGAGAUCUAUUCGGAAGCGAAAGGAUGGGAUCGUUUGGGUUUGUUGUUAAUUAAACUUGGAAAGUUCGACAAUGCCCAAGAAGUAUACGAUAUCCUACUUGAUGAGACAACGACUAAUCAAGAAAAAGCACUCAUGUAUCAUAGGCUUGGAGUGAUAAAGAAUAGUCAAGGUAGAUAUACAGAUGCGAUUGCUCAUUUUCAGCAAUCCAUUGAAAUCAAAAAGAAGGUUCUCUCAUCAACGGAUGACGAUUUGGCUUCGUCUUACGACAACAUUGGUUUAGUAUACAAAAAUAUGGGUGACUAUUCGAAUGCCUUGUUAUUUCAUCAAGACGCGCUGAAAAUUCGCCAGAAAAAUCUUCCAUCAAAUCAUCAUGAUUUGGCUACUUCUUACAACAACAUUGGUUUGGUGUAUAACCACAUGAAUGACUAUUCUAAUGCAUUGUCGUUUCAUCAAAAAGCAUUAGAAAUUCGCCAAAAUACUCUUCCGUCCAAUCAUCCUGACUUGGCUACUUCUUACAACAACAUUGGUUCCGUGUAUGAAAACAUGGGUGACUAUUCCAAUGCACUAUUAUUACAUCAGAAAGCACUUGAAAUUCGUGAAAAAAUUCUUCCUUCAAAUCAUCCGAGUUUGGCUGCAUCUUGUGGCCAUAUUGGAAUGGCUUUCUCUGAAAUUGGAGAGCAUUCGAAAGCUAUCUUACAUUGUGAGCGGGCUCUUAAAAUAGUAGAGGAUUCAUUACCAGCUAAUCAUCCACAUAUUCAAUUAUAUAAAGAUAAUGUCGAAUAUGUAAAAAAGAAAAUUUAA